UGUUGUUAUAUGAUAUCAGCCAAAUUUUCUUAUUUUCAAGUGUAAGUUCACAGUUCCAGAGAGAGACCGAUUCUUAAUGGUGAAUGAUAUGAAAUGCAAUCUUGUUCUUGGCAACAAACAUUUCCUCUCUAUUCGAUGCUGAGAUAGUGGUAUAAUCCUGUCAACCAUGGAAGUGGGUUUGCAGGUGCAUAAACCGCUCAGUUGCAGAGCUGUCUUUCAGGAGAGAACCCUUCUCAACAUCAAGCCGUUUCUUGGCUUUUUUCCUCGCGUUAAAACCAGCCAUUUUUCAAAUCUUACUUCAGGAGGCAACAGGUACCCUAUAGGUGGGAGUUCACUUCACUUUAUUGUUGCUGCAGAUUUUUCUAAGAGGAGACACAGGAAGAUUUCAACUGCAAAAUCUAAAAGACCUCCUCCAAAAGGAUUCAAACCAAAAAAGUCAGCAGGAGCAAGCCUCCUGAAGAGGGAUGCAAAGAACAAAGGAAUUAAAGAGGUUUCAAUUGCUCUAGAAUCUCGUCAGAUUGUGGAUCCCAACAAGAAAAUCCUUGAAAUUAAACCUGAUAUAGACGAAGAACAGGCAAUUGAAUUUACUGAGUAUAAGAAAGUUAACAAAGAAAGGACAACAAAAGAUGCAUCAUCAAUUAGCAAAAAGGCGUUUGUUGCCAAAAGCAAUCAAGGUAUGGAAAAUGGAACUGUUGGUAGUGUUGAAUGUAUGUCUGGACCAGUUGAUGAAAUUACCAUAGAGGAGAGGCAGUUUGGCAACUCAAAGAGUGAUAGCAUUGUAAAUGAAAAUGUUGGAACUGAUGAAAAAUCGACCAAAGAUCCUUCUCUAAAAUUAAAGAUGGAAAUGGAAGAAAACUCGCAGAAACAAGAAAUUGAGGUGCUUGCUGAGGAGAAUUUCUCAAGGGGUAACAAGUUGUUUGUUUAUCCCCAGUUGGCGAAACCUGAUAAAUAUAUACAAGUAUACCUUAAUAGGAGUCUAUCCACUCUGAAUAAUGAGCCAGAUGUGCUCAUUAUGGGAGCCUUUAAUGAGUGGAGAUGGAAAUCUUUUACCAUGAGGUUGAACAAGACUCAUUUGAAAGGGGAUUGGUGGUCUUGCCAGGUUCAUGUUCCAAAAGAAGCAUACAAGAUGGAUUUUGUCUUCUUUAAUGGAAAAAAUGCAUAUGACAACAAUGACAAAAGAGAUUUCUGCAUACCUAUAGAAGUUGGAAUGGAUGCAUUUCCAUCUGAUGAUUUUUUGCUUGAAGAAAAAUGUAGGGAGCAAUCUGAGAGAGAAAGACGAGCAGAAGAGCAGAGGCAAAGAGAAGAAGAGAAGGCUGCAAGUGAAGCUGACAGAGCCAAGGCAAAGGUCAAAACUGAAAAGAGCCAGGAAAUAUUGCUCCAGUUGAUGAAAAAUGCUGCAAGAUCCGUUGAUAAUGUUUGGUAUAUUGAGCCGAGUGAGUUUCAUGGUGGAGGCCUGGUCCAGUUAUAUUAUAACAAAAGCUCAGGUCCUCUUUCUCAUGCUAAUGACCUCUGGAUUCAUGGGGGAUAUAAUAAUUGGAAUGAUGGAUUGGUCUUUGUGGAAAAGCUUGUCAAAUCUGAGAGAAAGGAGGGUGACUGGUGGUAUGCUAAUGUGGUUGUACCUGAUCAAGUCCUUGUUUUGGAUUGGGUCUUUGCUGAUGGACCACCUCAGAGUGCAAUAGUAUAUGAUAACAAUCAAAGGCAAGAUUUCCACGCGGUUGUUGCAAAGCCCAUUCCUGAAGGAUUGUUUUCGUUUGAGGAAGAACACCAGAAACACAGAAAACCACAAGAGGAGAGGCAGUUAAGAGAGGAGGAUAUACGUGCCAAGGCAGCAAGAACAACACGUAUGAAAGCUGAAAGGAAGGAGAGAACUUUGAAAAGGUUUCUAUUGUAUCAAAAGCAUAUACUCUAUACUGAUCCUCUUGAUGUUCAGGCUGGAACUGCCGUCACAAUUUUCUAUAAUCCUGCUAACACCAUUCUGAAUGGUAAAUCUGAAGUUUGGAUCAGAUGUUCAUUUAACCAUUGGACCCACCACAAUGGUCCACUGCCACCUCAGAAGAUGUUGCCUGCAGAUAAUGGUUCUCAUGUCAAAUCCACUGUCAAGGUACCCUUAGAUGCAUACAUGAUGGAUCUUGUAUUCUCGGAGAGGGAAGAUGGUGGAAUUUUUGACAACGGAGAUGGCAUGGAUUACCACAUACCUGUAUUUGGAGGAACUGUGAAAGAGCCACCAAUGCACAUUGUGCAUGUUGCUGUUGAAAUGGCCCCAAUUGCAAAGGUAGGAGGACUUGGAGAUGUUAUUACUGGUAUUUCUCGUGCUGUACAAGAUUUAAAUCACAGUGUCGACAUCAUUCUUCCAAAGUAUGACUGUUUAAACCUUAGCCAUGUAAAGGACUUUUAUCAUCAGAAAAGUUAUUCCUGGGGUGGGACGGAAAUAAAAGUAUGGUAUGGAAAGGUGGAAGGCCUUUCUGUCUACUUCUUGGAGCCUGUGAAUGGGAUGUUUUCGACUGGUUGCAUAUAUGGCUGCCGAAAUGAUAGUGAGCGGUUUGGUUUCUUUUGUCAUGCAGCUCUUGAGUUUUUACUACAAAAUGAAUUACAUCCUGAUAUUAUCCAUUGCCAUGAUUGGUCUAGUGCUCCAGUUGCAUGGUUGUUUAAGGACCAUUAUAUGGAUUAUGGACUUAGCAAAGCUCGGGUUGUCUUCACAAUCCACAACCUUGAAUUUGGGGCAGGACACAUUGCAAAAGCCAUGGCAUAUUCUGACAAGUCCACAACUGUAUCCCCCACAUAUUCAAAGGAGGUUGCUGGAAAUCCUGCAGUUUCUCCUCAUCUCCGCAAGUUCCAUGGAAUACUGAAUGGAAUUGACCCAGAUAUAUGGGAUCCUUAUAACGAUGAGUUCAUUCCUGUUUCCUACAUAUCUGAGAAUGUUGUUGAAGAAAGAGCAGCCAAGGAAGCUUUGCAGCAGAGGUCUAGAUUAAAGAAAGCUGAUAUCCCUUUAGUAGGGAUUAUCACUCGCCUAACCCAUCAGAAAGGAAUUCAUCUCAUCAAGCAUGCAAUUUGGCAAACUUUAGAUCGCCAUGGACAGGUCGUAUUACUUGGUUCAGCUCCAGAUCCUCGCGUCCAACGUGAUUUUGAGAAUUUGGCCAGCCAGUUGCAUUCUUCACAUAGUGAUCGUGCUCGCCUUUUUUUGACCUAUGAUGAGCCACUAUCACACUUAAUAUAUGCAGGCGCUGAUUUCAUUCUAGUCCCAUCAAUGUUUGAGCCUUGUGGACUGGCCCAACUUACAGCUAUGAGAUAUGGUGCGAUACCUGUUGUUCGAAAAACUGGAGGACUUUAUGACACAGUGUUUGAUGUUGACCAUGAUAAAGAGAGAUCACAAGCAAAAGGUCUUGAGCCAAAUGGAUUUAAUUUUGGUGGAGCCGAUGCUGCUGGAAUUGAUUAUGCUUUAAAUAGGGCAAUUUCUGUUUGGUUUGAGGAUCGAGAGUGGUUUAACUCAUUAUGUAAAACCGUGAUGGAGCAAGACUGGUCUUGGAAUAAGCCUGCUCUUGAUUACAUGGAGCUUUACCAUGCUGCAAGGAAGUGAAAAAAUUUUAUUCAGGCCAAGAGAGUGUGAUAUGAACAUAAUUCUGUACAGGUUUAGCACCUAA